UUUCACCUGAAGAUUACUUUGUCUCACACUGAGCGCAGGAAGGAGCAGCGAGGAGGAAGGAGCUGAGUGGAUCGGGAGGUGCUAGCUCUUGCCCUCUGGUCUGUUUUUCUUCUUCAUCUUCUUCUGCACGGGAGGUCAGCUGGACUUUGCAGCAGAAACUCUGACGUGCCAGCUUCUACUUCAUAUCUGCCGCAGAGAAAAGACGAAAAAGUGAGAAAACUGGCUGCAAAGGAAGAAGUUUCACUGAAGAUCUUCUAAUAAACGGGGGAACUGACCACACCCUGGAGAACACUUCUACAUCAGUUAAACAGCUGGAGAACAGCAACCAGAGAGAAGGGAACCAGGAAAACAACUGCACUCUCAAAGAAAGAGGAAAAGUCUUUUCAGAUUCUACUCUGUGCUUCGCAAUGGGAGACCAACUGCAUCUUCCAGGAGUUGCCAGGACGUUGCUCCCUGUGGCCCUCUGCAUUUUGACCAUUCUGCCCCACAGCCUUCUGGGUAAUCCCGCAGAGGAGGAGGCCGACGCCGGCAGCUCUGCGCCGCUGCAGAGGGUCAAACGAGGCUGGGUGUGGAACCAGUUCUUUGUCCUGGAGGAGUACACCGGCCUGGAGCCGCUUUACAUCGGAAAGCUUCACUCAGAUAUGGACAAAGGCGACGGCUCCAUCAAGUACAUCCUGACGGGCGAGGGCGCGGGCACCACCUUCACCAUCGACGACAGCACGGGGGACAUCCACGCCAUCCAGCGGCUGGAUCGGGAGGUGAAGGCCCAGUACAUCCUCCGCGCCCAGGCACGCAACCGCCUGACGGACAGGCCCCUGGAGCCCGAGUCCGAGUUCAUCGUCAAGAUCCAGGACAUCAACGACAACGAGCCGAGGUUCCUCGACGGACCCUACCAGGCCACCGUACCGGAAAUGUCCAAAAUAGGAACAUCUGUGAUCCAGCUGACCGCCACCGAUGCGGACGAUCCCACGUACGGCAACAGCGCCCGCGUGGUCUACAGCAUCGUGGAGGGCCAGCCGUACUUCUCCGUGGACGCCAAGACCGGCGUGGUCCGAGUGUCCCUGGCCGACAUGGACCGGGAGACCAGAGAGAACUACACCGUGGUCAUCCAGGCGAAGGACAUGGGCGGCCAGCUGGGGGGGCUCGCCGGCACCACCACCGUCAACAUCACGCUGGGCGACGUCAAUGACAACCCGCCCAUGUUCGACCAGAGGCUGUACCAGAUGAGCAUCCCGGAGUCGGCCCCCGUGGGCUCCGUGGUGGGUCGUAUCUGGGCGAAGGACCGCGACAUCGGGCCCAGCGCUGAGAUGAGGUACAGCCUCAUCGAUGGAGACGGCAGAGACACGUUCGACAUCAGCACCGACCCCACCAGCGUCUUCGGCAUCAUCACGGUGAAAAGGCCGCUGAACUUCGAGGGCAAGCCCAGCUACACCCUGAAGGUGGAGGGCGCCAACACGCACCUGGACCCGGCCUUCCGCCACCGCGGGCCCUUCAAGGACGUCACCAUCGUGCACGUGAGCGUGGAGGACGUGGACGAGCCGCCGCUGUUCGACCUGCCGGCGUACUACGUGGAGCUCGCCGAGGACGCCGUCGUCGGCGCGCUGGUGAGGGUGGUGUCGGCGAGGGACCCCGACGCCGCCAACAACACCGUGAGGUAUUCCAUCGAGAGGUCCACCGACCCCGACAAGUUCUUCUACAUGGAGAUCACGUCCGGGUCGCUGAUGACGGGACGCCCGCUGGACCGAGAGGAAGUCGGCUGGCACAACAUCACGGUCCUCGCCAUGGAGAUGAACAACCCCACACAGAUCUCGAGUGUGUCGGUGGCUGUGAAAGUCCUGGACGUGAACGAUAAUCCGCCGCUGCUGACGCACUACUUGGAGGCUUAUGUGUGUGAGAACGCCAAAGCCGGGCAGCUGAUCCAGACGGUGACGGCGGUGGAUCCCGACGAGCCGCUGCGCGGACAUCACUUCUACUACAGUUUGGCUCCGGAGGCGGCGAACAACCCCAACUUCACGCUGCGAGACAACCAAGACAACACGGCGUGGAUCCUGACGCGGCGCGGCGGCUGGUCGCAGCAGGACCAGACCGUGUUCUACCUGCCCGUCUUCGUCUCGGACGGCGAGCAGCCGGUGAAGACCAGCACCAGCACGCUGACCAUCCGCGUGUGCAGCUGCGACCACGAGGGCAACGUCAUGUCGUGCAACGCCGAGGCCUACAGCCUGCCCGCCAGCCUCAGCAGGGGGGCGCUCAUCGCCAUCCUGGCCUGUAUCUUCGUCCUGCUCGUGAUGAUCCUGCUCAUGCUCUCCCUGCGCACCCACCGUAAGAAGCCCUUCCUGUGCGACGAGGAGGAGAACGUCCACGAGAACAUCGUGCGCUACGACGACGAGGGCGGCGGCGAGGAGGACACCGAGGCCUUCGACAUCGGCGCCAUGUGGAACCCGCGCGAGGCGCACCACCACCCGGGCAAGAUGAGGCAGGACAUGCUGCCCGAGAUCGAGAGCUUGUCCCGUUACGUCCCUCAGGCCUGCGUGAUGGGCGGCGGCGGGGACAGUAACGUUCAGGGCUACGUGCUGGCGAAGCUCCUGGAGGCCGACGUGGACCCGUGCGCCCCGCCGUACGACUCGCUGCAGACCUACGCCUACGAGGGCGAGGGUUCGGUCGCCGAGUCGCUCAGCUCGCUGCAGUCGGGGACGUCCAACACCGACCACGACUACGACUACCUCAACGACUGGGGGCCUCGUUUCAAAAAACUGGCCGAGAUGUACGGCGUGCUGGAGACAAACAGUCCUCCCAUGUGGUAGAACUCCUGAACCUUUGCCUUUUUAAAAAAAAAAUUCAUCUAAGACAAACAACAAAAAGAGAAAAACAAAUCGUCAGAGAAGAUUCAUAAACGGACAAAAAGGAAAUGACACAAUAAAUCCAGGAUGCGCUCACGUCCACAUCCACGACUGUUAGCACUGGAAGUCCUGCCGAAGCCUCGACUCUCCGCGGCCUCGGAGGCCUGAGGUUUUAAAUCUCCCCCGGAGACGGAGCUUCAGAGACGGAGCUUCAGAGACGGAGCUUCAGAGACGGGGCUGGAUCGGCAGCCUCGCGGCUUCAAAGCACAUAACACGCCCCCGUCUGACCCGGUGCACCGAGUUGAGCCAUCUAAAGCCGAGAGAUGAAAAACAAAGACUACCUGACUCAAUUCAGCACGAGAGACAGACUCUGAAAAAGCCGAUCGGACUCUUGAUGCGCCUGAAGCCACAACCAUUAAAAAAGAAUAGUGCUGCGAUCGGAGACGUCGUUGUCAUGUUGUUUCAUCCGUGGCAGGUCUUAAUUUAUGUGUCUCAUGUGCCGUAUUUAUAUAUCUUUUGCUAAAUUAUUUGGGUACUUUAAACUGCAGCCGUGCGACGAUGUCUUUAAAAAAAGAUCCUGUAACAUACCAGAUGUAAAACUGCCCUCGUUUCCUUUAAGUCUGUAAGAAAAAGAACUGUUUUUCAUUGGUUUUCCAAAAUGUCACAUUGACACGAUGCUGUAAUUUCAUGUUUGGUGUUUUUGCAUCAUUUGUAUUGUAGCUGUUUUUGUUUUGUUCCAAAAACAUGACGCAGUUCAUUCGUUCUUGUUUGGGAUGGAACCGGAUGUGUCGCGUGUUCGACGGGGACACGUCGCCCGAGUCGCCUUUCGUUUGAGAUCCACCGCCGUGCCGACGAGAGUCCGACGGCCACGAGGCUCGGCCCGUCAGAGACACGGUGACGUCGUCGUCCUCCAGAACCUGUGGGACGACAGAGACACGGAUCAUCAAAGUGCCAAAUGUAAAAAUGAAAUAAAUGUUCAACACUCCAAAAGACAAAACCAGGAGCGGAUUGAAGGUGGAACGUUUUUGAUAAUUCGACUGCGACUUUACUGCUACAGUCAAGUGGUAUGUGAAUGUAGAUACUUUUUUGUAUUCUUGGUAAUAAAAAGAAGUUGAAAAACUAAAA